AUGUGCACAUACUUUUCCCAUUCCUCGCGUGAAAAGCAUUUCAUUAUAAGCAUUUGCCAUGAAGAAACAUAUAGCAGCCUGUUCCAAUUCGUUGCGAUCAGCACCCUGCGUUGUCCUUAAAUGAUGACGUUAUUAAAAUGCGACUAUUAGGUUUGGAAUGUUGGCUUCUGCUGGCUGCUGGGCAACGAUGAAGUAGUCAACCCAAUUUACCUGCCUGUUAGGUUUACUGGACGUUGUCUAGCUUGUCGGUUCAUUUUUGCACAUUUCAAGGGAUAUUUUCUUCGGAACAUGAUUGAUUCCGCAUUAAGUUCAUUUGGAGCUCAGGUUAUUUUAUCAGCGUCCAGCGAUGAGAAUUACCCUCCGGAAAACAUAAUUGACGGAAACACAGAGUCCUUUUGGAUAUCGACUGGCAUGUUUCCGCAAGAGUUCAUCUUUCGCUUCACAGAUACAGUGAAAAUGUCCCUCAUAAACAUUCACUCUUACAAUGUUAAAAAUCUUAGAAUUGAGAAAAGCACUUCAAGUGAUGCGACAGAUUUUGAAGUUAUUGCACAAAAGGAAUUUGAACACACAGAAGGUCACCUACAGGAAAAUGAUUUUUCGCUCAGUGGCACUACUGCAACACACUUACGCUUCAUCAUAACAUCUGGAUAUGAUCACUUCGUUUCAGUACACAGGGUGGCCAUAGAAGGAACACGAUAAUAAUUCAAUGUUAAGACACUAAUUAUUGUAGGUACUGAGUUUGUUCUGAGUUGGCAGUUUCAGACUUGGGAUUAUAAAAGUGUUAACAGCUACAUCUUGUACAGAAUUGUGUAUGCAUCUUAAUUAUGUACCACACUGCACCUGCUUCUUUUUUUAAAUCUAAUUAAAUGUCAAAGAUUUCUGCUUCAAUAAAUAUUUUUAUUUCAAACAAAAUGUUUUCAACAAAUCCAUUUCCGUUUUCUUCAUUUUUGGUUACAGAUAUUAAACAACACUUGGUUUAAAGAAAAAAGCAAUCUGCUUUACUUGAUUCCAAAAAAAGUACAAAGAAAAGUACUUUAUUCCGUCUCCUUUUUGUUCUUUUAUUAUAAACUUCAUGCCAGACUUGAUAACUAACCUAACUGACUGCAGAGAAUUCAAAUGACUGUAAUCACAACAAUUACUGCACCAUUAUGCAUUAAUUUACUUAAAUCAGCAUUCAGUAAAUUUAACUCAAAUCUGGGAUGUCAUGCAUACUAAUUACACGAGGCACUAGGUUGUAGGAUAAAAUUUUAUGCCAUAUUGACAAACGACACAAAUCAAUUAAAUUACA